UCGUCCGGCCCCUCCACAGAACCCCUCACAGACGUGCAAAAGGACUGCUCUUUCGUCUCUUCUACCGGCUUCUUGCAUCGGCUCAAACGCCCUCCUACCCACCUUCCCUGCAUCUAUGCUUCCAUGUGUCCUUGUGACCGACUCUGCGACGACCCACACCGACUCAAAUCACACGAUCGGGCCGUCAGGUCUGUGCGCCACGGGAGCAUCUGCUUUGCGUCCGCGUCACGCUUCAUCCCACCGGCCGCUGCAGUCAACGGGGCUCAUGUUGCCCAGAUUUGUGAACGCAAGAUUGUGGACCGAGAGUCUGCUCCACUUUGUAUGUCUUCAUGUGCGAACAUGUGCCUACCUGCAUGA